CGCCGGGCGAUGUUCAGCUCCAAGUCGGCUCCCACCCUGCCGUCCUACUUCAGCGAGGGCUCGGAGACGGACAAGCUGGAUAUCAGCACCAAGGUCCAGCUGCACGGCGUCCUGUGGAAGCGGCCGUUCGGCAGGCAGUCGGCCAAAUGGUCCAAGAGGUUCUUCCUUAUCAAGGACAGCUUCUUGCUUUAUUAUGCUGAGAAUGAAAGGAAAAACUUUGAGAGUAACAAAUACUUCAACAUUCACCCCAAGGGGGUGAUUCCGCUGGGCGGGUGCAUCGUGGAGGCAAAGGAGGAGUCCAACAUGCCCUUUGUGAUGAAGAUUUCGCACGAUGAUUUCCACGGGAACAUUUUACUCGCAGCGGAGACUGAAUUUGACCAGCAGCACUGGCUGCAUAUGCUGCAGGAAUCCGGGAAGGUAACUUGGCAGAAUGCACAACUCGGGGAGGCGAUGAUCGGAAGCCUGGAAGCCCAGGGCUUGCAGCUGGCCAAGGAGAAGCAAGAGUACUUGGACAAGCUGAUGGAGGAGACCGAGGAACUGUGUCUGCAACGGGAGCAGAAAGAGGAGCUGCAGCGACUAAACCAUAUUCUCGAGGCGGAGAAAAACAAGAUUGAGGAAAUGGUGCAGGAUUUGAGGUUGGAGCAAGAACAGAUAAAGAGUGAGCUGGAGGUGACGGUGAAGUCAUUAACGGCAAUUGAGGAAGAAAAGAAAGAUUUGCACCAACUAUCAGAAUCCCUGCAAAACAAUUUAGAGACCCUGUCGCAGGAAAAGCAGAGGACCCUGGAGAAGCUGCAGGACAGCGAGCAGCAGACCCAGCAGCUGACCAGCAAGAACGUGCAGCUGUCCGAGUCCAGUGGCUCCUUCCGCACCAUCCUGCAGCGCAUCGAGGACGACAUGAAGAAGCUGCAGGGGGAGAAAGUGCUGGCGGAAGAAAGGUUGCGGGAGAGGGAGCAGCGAUCGUUGGCGCUGCAGGAGGAGCGGGAAUUUUACUCCAGCCAGUCCCGGGAGCUGCAGCUCUCACUGUCCGAGCUCACCGCCGAGAAACAGCAGACUGAGAGCGAGCUGAGGGAGGAGAUGAAGUCUCGCGUGCUGCUGGAGCGCCGGCUGAAGGAGGCGGAGGAGGCCUUGGUGCGGCUGGAGCAAGGGCUGUCCUCCAACGAGCGCACUGUCGAGAGGACCGAGCGGAUGAAGGGAGACGUGGGCGAGCUGAGGAAGUUCUUUGAGGAGUGCAUCCGGAAGGCUGAGAUCGAGGCCAACCUGCCGAUCAUCAUGAAGAACUCUGUCUACGUGCAGCGGGCCGCCGCUCGCCGGAUAAAGAGCUGCCGGUUCCGCCGGAGGAAGUCCACUGCCGUCUGGAAUUCUUUCGCGAACAAUUCCCACUCUCUGGCUGUCCCCCAAGGUGAAGGUGAAGAGGAAAUGGAGGAGCUGAAGGAGACAGCCAGGAAACUGAGCAGAGACCGCCGUUUCCGCGAGACCGUCUACAAGUACAUGACCUUCAAAGAUUCCUCAAAGUCCUGAUGCUCGUGAGAGGAAGUUCUGCUUUGCUGUAAUGUGAUGCUUAUAUUUUAGGAGCUGUUUUCAAUGUCCAACCUAUGUAAAGCUGGGUGGGCAUGAGUAGGUUAAUGCAAUAGACUUUUAGUUUCACCUCUGCACUCCCAGCCAGCAGCAGGCUACUUUAAUCAACAUCUCUGCUGUCUAUUAGUGAGCUGGGUUCCAAUGGAGUUUUGGGACCUUGACUCAUUUCUUCAUACGUUGUAAACUAUUCCCUUGUUUAGCCCGCUUGAUCAGAACUCCCAGGAUGCCGAGCGUGGGAUUGCAGUUCAAGGAGGAACAGCUCUUGAAAUCACAGUGCCAACGGCUGGCUAGAGUUAGGUGAAUGUGAGGGACUGUAUUUACUCUACACUUUUAUCUUGUGUUCCAUUAACCCCAGCCACCAAACUCGAGAACCAGUUUCAUUUGCAACCACUAACAUCCCUCAGUUUAAUAAGUGAAACAAUUAAUGUGAUCAAUUAAAAGGAGCAAACUGUUCGUGAGGGAGCAAAUCUUAUUAAAAGCCACUGUGGUAUUAUAAUUAAAACUGUUGAAGGGA